AUGGGCGACGAGAAGGCGGCGUCGGAGGUGGGAGAGCGUGCUGCCUGGACGAACGCCCUCAGCAGCUGGCUGGCCCGGACGUCUCUGCACGGCGCACCGCUCGUCUGGCUGCUCCUGACUCUGUUCGGCCUGACGAUGGCCACCGUGCAGAUCAGCCAGCGGAUCCGGUACUACUACAGCAACCCGGUGUCGGUGGACAUCGAGUCGUCUCACCGGCGCCGCAUGCCCUUCCCGGCCGUCACCAUCUGCAACCAGAACUGGCUCAGCUGCAGCUGGCAUGGGAAGCACAACAACUGCGGCGCCCGGCAGUUCAAGCGGACGUUCACAGACUACGGUCUGUGCUACACAUUUAACCACUACAUGCGAACGCCGCUGGUGUCGGAGCUGAGCGGCUCCAAGUACGGCCUGCAGCUGGUGCUGAACGUGGAGCAGUACGAGUACGUCCGAGGUCCGGAGAUCACGGCAGGUGUGAAGGUGCUCGCCCACCACCAGCGGCAGCCGGCCAUGAUGCAAAACUCGGGCGUGUACGUGCCCGUGGGGUUCAAGGCGGACGUGGACCUCCGACUGAAGACGCGGACCAACGUUCCGCCCCCGCAUGGCAGAUGUGGUGAUAAAACACUCACAUUCUACCGCUCAUAUUCAAAAGCAACGUGUGAGAUGGACUGCGUUUACCAGUACAUGAUGGAUCUUUGCCACUGCCGAGAUGUCUACCUGCCGGAGACUUCACCAGGCUUCCCGGCCCUGUGCAGCUUGAAGAUGUGGCUAAUGUGUGCGCUGCAAGUGCCGGAAUACUACCACUACACCGGCCGGCUCUGCCAGUGCCCGCAAGCCUGCCACAGCUCCCACUUCGAUGCCAGUGUAACCUAUUCGAAGCUGUCGUACAAGAGCGCUCCGAAUGUGGUCGGAGGUCACCCGGGCAAGUACCGCGAGGCGCGUCACCGCUUCCUGCAGAGUCUGAAUACGCACGAGCGCGUACACCCGUCCCGAGUGCGGCGCACCCGGGAGAUCACCGACCAGGUGACGCUGGCACUCCAGGGACUGAAGGAUAGUUUGGACAAUUCCUUUCAAAGAGUGCAGAAGACGGUCGCCCGUUUUGACGAGAUCUUUCUGGGCCUGGACCACCAGGUGCAGGUACUGGUCCAGGUAACACGCAUCUUGAAGGCCGCCUACCAGACGUACAUCGUGGAUGAGUCGGUGGAUCCCUGCUCGCGGCUUGUGGACAUGGGCACCAUAAGCCUGGUGGCUAUCGGAAAAUAUGAGAUCCAUGAGCGGCUGUCUGCACGGUGA